AUGAAUGAUCGUGGUCGCAACGUGAAUGGCUCCUCCCACCACCCCCCGCCCCCGCUGCAGCGCACACGGCUCGGCGCACCAAGCGCAGCCUCCGCGCCGGCAUACCAGGCGCCACCGGCCGCCUCCUCGCGGGACCGGACGAACCUCUUCCGCAGCCAUCUGAUCAGGCGACCUACGGGGGCCGCCGCCAACGGGACGAGCAGCAGCGCGUCCUCGUUUUCCGCGACUGCCGCAGCAGCAACGGCGGCGGCUGCGGCGGCGGCGGCGGCGCUGGCGACUCACCCUGACACGGCGCGCCUGGCGGCGGCAGAGGAGCAGCAGCGCAUGGCGGAGAUGUGCGAGAUCGUGGUGCGCAACCAGAACGGGGACAUUGACCUCGAGGGCGCGCCGGUGCUGCCGUUUGACGACAUUGACGAGAUGGCGCUGGAUGCCAGACAAGAAACAGAGCAAGAGCGGCAGAGGCUGGCAGAAGCUGUUGUACAGCAUCGGAUUAACUACACUGCAGUUCCUGAUCAGCCCGAAGAACUACUGGAAGCAGUUCGAGCGAGUCUACGUGCUAAAGUUGACGCUUUGGCUGAAGACAACUGGAUGUUUGAACCGGAAGAGCAGCCGCAAGGCUAA